AUGGCAUUGAUAGCUCUUUACCACGAUGGCCUCGUGGUCCAACCGUGGAUGACUUUUGUCGCAUAUCAGAUUCUCAAUAUCCUGACUGCGGGAAUCGUCAUGUUUGGGAAUCGGUUUAUUCCAGCAAUCAACAAGUUUUCAUUGGUAUACCUGCAAUUGGCCUGGUUUAUUACCAUGGUUGUUGUGGCAGCCAAAGCACCACUUCAUAAUGACAGCAAAUUUGUGUUCCGUACCUGGAUCAACGAAACCGGCUGGGACAACAAUGUCAUCUGCUUUAUCACUGGAUUGGUCAACCCUCUUUACUCACUUGGAGGUCUCGAUGGAAUCUCGCACAUCACAGAAGAAAUGCCGAAUCCCGGAAGGAAUGCUCCUUUGGGUCUAGCUAUAACCCUAUCUAUUGCAUUCGUGACUGGAUUAUCAUAUAUGCUCAGCCUCAUGUUUUCAGUUCAAAACUAUGGCAGUUUGGCUGACACGCACACUGGACUUCCUCUUGCCGAACUCUUUUGGCAGGCAACCUCUACACGAGGUGGAGCAUUUGGGCUGGUGUUCAUGGUGUGGAUUGCUCUUGGACCCUGUGUCAUCGGUACCGGGCGAGUGUUCUGGGCCUUUGCCCGCGAUGAGGGCCUGCCGCUGUCGAGCAUUUGGGCCCGUGUCAACCCUAAGCUGGGCUCGCCGUUUAAUGCGCAGCUCUGCGUUACCAUGAUUGCCGCCCUCCUUGGCUGUAUCUAUUUGGGCUCGACGACGGCGUUUAAUUCAAUGAUGAGCUCUGCGGUAACUAUCAACAAUCUCGCCUACCUUGUGCCCAUCCUGACAAAUGUUAUCCUAUUCCGUCGAACCAUGCGCCGUGGUCCAUUCUUCAUGGGCCAGACGCUAGGAAUGACUGUGAACAUCAUCUCUGUGGCUUGGCUGGUGUUUGCCAUUGUCUUUUUCUCGUUCCCGUAUCAGAUGCCUGUGACUGAAGCAUCCAACAUGAACUAUACCUGUGUUGUUGUAGGUGGAUUCUUGAUAAUUGAGCUUGUUUGGUGGCUCGUUGCUGGAGCGAGGUAUUCUGCGACUGUACAGAGAGCCAGAGAGGAAGAGACCAGUGAGACAGUAGUCGUCGGAGACGGAAAAUCCAGUGAAUAA